GCAGGUUCGGCUGCGCGGGGGCCCGCGAGCCUGAGGUAAAUACUGGGGUGGUGGGUGUGGGGUUCCGGGCCGGCCCCGGACACGCCGGCUAUGAAGCCGGGGCCGGGGUGCUGAGCGGCGGCCGAGAAGGGCACUUUGAAUUGCUGUCUUUUUACAGCAUGGACACCAGGUUGUUAACAACUUGCUUUGGGACUUCCAGUAACUUCAUUUUUGGGGAUUUUAUGACAGAUUUGCUAGUGGCUCCUUUUUGUGAGUUGAUGUUCUGAAGUUACUGUCACAAUGAGUUCAGGCCUAUGGAGCCAAGAGAAGGUUACUUCACCUUACUGGGAAGAACGGAUUUUUUAUCUGCUUCUUCAAGAAUGCAGUGUAACAGACAAACAGACACAGAAACUCCUAAAAGUACCCAAAGGAAGUAUAGGACAGUACAUCCAAGACCGUUCUGUUGGGCAUUCAAGAGUUCCUUCUGCAAAAGGCAAGAAAAAUCAGAUUGGAUUAAAAAUCUUAGAGCAACCGCACGCAGUUCUAUUUGUUGAUGAAAAGGAUGUUGUAGAAAUCACUGAGAAAUUUACAGAGUUACUGUUGGCAAUUACCAACUGUGAGGAGAGGCUCAGCCUAUUUAGAAACAGAAUUCGACUAACUAAAGGCCUCCAGGUAGAUGUGGGCAGCCCUGUGAAAGUACAGCUGCGAUCUGGGGAAGAGAAAUUUCCAGGAGUUGUACGCUUCAGAGGACCUUUAUUAGCGGAGAGGACAGUUUCGGGGAUUUUCUUUGGAGUAGAAUUGCUGGUAAGUUUGAUAGGACAUUUGAGAGAGAGAGAGAAGGAGAGAGAGAGAGCGUAUGAGAAAGCGAGUGUGCGCGUGAGCGAGAGACCACGAGCACAUAUUUUCCCCUUUCUAAGAUUUGUGUUUUCUGUUUGUUUGUUUUUAGUACAGUUCUCAGGAUGGUCCUCAGGACCCUCUGCCUCUGAGCUAUAGUUCAGCCCCAAAAUUUAUUUAAUGAUAAAUUGAGAGGAUAUAAAGACAAUUCUUGAAAACUUUAAAAAAUUAUCUCUUACGGUAGAAACUUACAAGUCAUUAUUCUGGACUUCAUAUCUUAGAAGAUUUUAAGUUACCUAUAUUAAAAGUUAACACUGCCAAUUGUAAUUAUAAACACUUAAAAAAUUGUGAACUAUCUUGUGAUAGUACCCACAGGAUUCCCAGUUCUUAGUGUGUGCUACUAAGUAUAACAAUUUAGAGGUAAAAUUUUUGAAGUGUGUUGCAGCAAUUUCAGUUUGCUCAUGCUUAUCCCCGGAAUGUAUAAACUGCCUUGGAACUUAUGUGCCUUGGCAACAUAUCUAAGAAUUCUAUAUUCCAAACUGACUGUUGGUUCAUUUGGACACUCUCAGGAGUAGAGAGAGGUCGUGCUUUACUUGCUUCUUGAUUUGGCUUUUCAAGCAGUGAAAUAAUUAGGCUGUGACUGCCAGUUAUGGUAUGUACUAGCAGGGUUGCCAGCUACUUAACCUACAUCAAGUUCUCCUAACCUGUUCCUAAUCUGUGAAGUGCUUAGAGCACACAUGACUUAUAGUAGUUGUAUGGUGGAUGGCUGUAGAUGGUUACAGUUUGUUCUCAGUAAAUGGAGUUGAUGCUGCUGUUUGGUUAAAGUUGAAUGUAUGUUCAUGACAAAAGUCAUGGUACAACUAUGUUGUAAAUUUAAUCCUCAUUCUUCUCAAAAGAAUUAU